AUGCCUGUCACGUCGCUUAAAUCCAUUCAGCAUUCAACACCACAAAAGGCACAAGUGCGAGAUUUGGACGUGGAAAGAACGCCGAAGAGAAUAAAAAAAAAGCUCUUCACUUAUAAACAAAUGGAAUUUUUGUUGAUUGGAAGUUUUGUUGUGGGUGUAAUCGAGUUAAGUCCCUUCGUCACUUCCAACUUUCUUCUAAUCACACGUGCGUUCGUCAGCAGAAAAUGGUCUCAUGCACCGAAAACAAAUGUGUUUAUUCAAUUUGUUAAAGAAAAAGAGAAACCAAAAUGUGUUGAGUCUUCUAAUGUUGAGAGAAGGGAAUUUAAAUGUGUUCCACUGAGAUUUGUAUCAGUCAAACAAUAUUUCAAUUCUCCUUCUUCUUUACCAAUGUUCGAAGCUCAUCGUGAAGACAAAUCAUCCAACGGUUAUCGUUCCAGGAACCUUAAGACAAUCGACACAUAA